AUGUCUGUCGACAAAAAUGACAAUGGGGCAUAUAUUAAUAAUCCCGAAUUUCCUUAUAAAAAUUUGAACAUUGAUAAAAUAGAAAAAAUUCGAAGAACAGGGAGUUUAAAUACUCAAAUAUCCAGUGAAAAAAAGCAAAAUAAUAAUGAUACAAAUAACAAUGGAAAUGCUCCUAAGCAAUCCGGUUUACGUAGUUUGGGAAGUGCAUUAAGUAAAAAAUUAAGUAUGUCCAAAAAUUUUAUUGAAAGAAAUAUAGAAAAAAUAGCUAUUUUGAGUAAAAAAAAUGAUAAGAAUGCACAAAAAAAUAAAACAAAUAACAAAAAUAAUACUACAAAUUGCGAAACUCAAAAGGAUGGAAAAAAAGACACGAAAGAUAUAAAAAACAAUAUUUUGAAUAGCGAAGUGUUAAAGAAUAAAAAUGCGAGCAAUCCUACUGGAGCAAAUAAAGCUGGUAUUGCACAAAUUGGUGACAAUAUAAUUGCUAAAAAUAAUCAAAAUAACUCAUCUCAUCGAAAUACCGUUCUAAGUGAUAUGAACAAAAAUGAAAAUAUUUUAAACAAAGGUCAGAAUAAAAACAUAGAAAAUGACAUAGUAAAAAGUAAUAAUUCACAUAACAACACAUUUUAUAACACCAAUUUGAUGGAAGCGAAGAAUUAUGAGAUUUCCAAAAAAUAUCAGAAAACAAGUGAGAAAUGUUCAAAAGACCAUUCUUACUAUGAUUUUGAAAGACCUAAAAAUAUAGUAAAAAAUUUGAACCCAAAUUAUGAGGACAAUGAUGAUAAUAUUUUUCAUAAAAAACAAAAAACAAUUUUAAAUGAAGAGACAACAAAUACAAAUUGCAAAAAUAAAAUAAUGAAUAAUAUGAUGGAAACAGGAGGCGAUGAAGAUCAAAGGAAAAAUACUUUAUCACUUUUAAAACAAAGUGGGAGUAAUGAUAUACCAAAGUCAAACACCAGUGGGCGAACAAAUUUUCAAAAUGAUUUUCGAGAAAAUAAUGACGCAGGAAAAGGUAAGCAUAUCAAUAGACAUGUUAGUGAUAAUAAUGAUAUGAAUGAAGAAACUAUCGUAGAUUAUAAAAGUAAGGGAAGCUCUAUAUAUCAGCCUAUGGAUCAAGAAGAAAUUAUAAUUAAAAUGAAAGAAAGUUCAAAAUUAAUUGGAUCAAAUGAAACAUUUCAGGUGAAAAACAUAAUACGUACAAAAAGUGAGCAAGAUAAACUGAAAAACUAUUCUGAAUUAGUAAAAAAGGAAAGGAAUACAUAUAACGAAAACUAUAAUAUAUAUAAUAUGGACACUACUCGAAGUAGUAAUCGGAAUACAGAUUAUGGUUCAUAUAAUAUAUCUAUUUAUGAAAAUAAAUCCAGAAAUAUUACGAAAAAUGAGAAUAUAUAUAGAAAAGAUAGUUGUACUGAUUCGAUUUAUUCUAGUAUAGGCAAAGUAAAAAGAGAAAGAGGAGGUGAUGAUCAUGAGGAAGAAGAAAGAAGAAAGGAUUAUGAGAUGAACCAAAGAAAUAAUCAUAUUCAAAAAGAAAACAACACUGAUAAUGAACAAAUAAGCUUAAAUAUUCCAAUAUCUCAUAAUGAUAGAAAUACAUAUAGUAGUACAAUAAUUCGAAAAAAAAAAAUAGCAAGUGUCGAAAAUCCAAUAAUUUUAGAAGACUCAUCUAUAGAUCCAUUGGCCAAUUAUAGCUCAAAUAAUAAUAAAGAAUAUGAACUAGAAAACGGAAAUAAAAAAAAAGACGGACCAAAGAAUAUUAGAAAUAUUAGCAAUAUGGGGUCUGAAUUUUAUAAUGAAAAAAGUAAAAAUAUUGAAAAUUUUCGAGAGGCUAAAAUUAAAAAAGAAAAAUCAUAUUUUUAUAAUAUAGAUAACCAAACAGAUAAUUUUCACGGAAUGGAGAAAAAUAGUGAUAAUGGUGAUGUUAUAGUUAUUUCAGAUAAUGAUAUGGAAUUAAAUUUGCAUUUUAAAAGAGCUGGUGAUAAAACAAAUGCUAACCAGAAUGAUAGAAAAAAAUAUCCAGAAAAUAUAAAUGGAAAAAUAAGUUAUAAUAAUAUUGAAAGUAAUUUUACAGUUCAAAAAUAUGGAGACAAAAGCAGUGACCAUACUUCAUAUGAAUAUGAAAAAGUAUGUGAAGAGGAAACGAAAGAAAGAUAUAAAAAUAUUGAAGAUGUUAAUAUAAAUAAUGUUUCAAAAUUGUCAAUUUUUUCUAAUAUAUCAUCAAAUAAAAAAACAAAAAUAAAUGAUGGUGAUUUAUCUAAUGAUAAAGGGGAAGUUUUUUAUGAAGGUCUAUCAAAUUAUAUUGAAACACCAAAUGACCAUAACAAUAAGAUGAAAUACAUAAAGAAGGAAAUAACAGAGGAAAAAGAAAAUAACAAUAAUAAUUAUGAUGAUGAUUAUUUAAAUUCUAAUUACAAUGCUGUUUCAAGUUCACGAAAAGCCGACCCCGGUUUUUCUGAUGCUUGCGUUACGCCAUCAUGUGAAAACAAUUUUGAAGUAGAGCUUCAAAAUGAUAAAAUGGACAAAGAUUAUGAAAAUAAUGGAAACAAAAACGAAUCUAAUGAUGAAAAGGAUCGAGAAAAUCAUGAUAAGGAUCAUAUUUCGAAUAUCCCAGAAAAGAAUAAUUAUUAUAAAUUAGAAAUUAACGAUAAUGAAUUAAACAAUAAAAACGAAGGUAAUAACACCUUUUUGCAUAGUUCUAGUGAUUCUUAUAACCCCAAUAUGGCAAAUAUAUACAGCAGAAUAUCAAAUGAUGUAAACACACAGAAAAACAACAAACUUGUAAACAAAAAUUUGAUAAUGAAGGAAUUAUUUGGAUCUAAUUAUGAAUCAAGCUUGAAAAAUGAUCUUAACGAGUCUAGCAACAUUUUAAAUGAAAGUAGUUGUGCAGGCUGGAGCGAAGAAGGAAAACUAUUAGAAGGAGAAGAUAAAGAUAGUGCGAAAAAAAAAGGAGUAGAAAACGAAGAGAAGAGCGUGAAAAUAUAUUCAGUAGAUGAAGAUACACAAAGACAUGUAUUGGAAGGGGAAAAAGAAAUCAAGAAAGGAGUAGAAGAUAAAAGAGAUGAAAAUAAGGAAGAAGAAAAUAAAAUAACUAGAAAAGAAGGGCAUCGAGUGCAUGAAUAUAUAGAAGAAUUAAAUGAGGAAAACGAUAAUACAUAUGGGGAAUCUUUAGAUAAUGAUAAAUCUAUUAUAAAAGAAUCUGAAGAACUGCACAAUAGAUUUCAUUUAAAAAAAAAUGGAAGCAAUAUUAAGGAUAUGCUUGAUAUUGGAUUAGAACAUGAUGAAGAUUCAUUACUUAAAAGAUACGAAGAAAAUGCAUCCCCUCGUAUUUUAUCUAAACCCAAUUUUAAUAAUAGAACUAGUGAAAGUAGUUAUUAUAAAAGUGAUAUAAUGAAUCAAAGCAAAAAAAUAUCUUUAAAUUCGAGAAGUGAUAUAUCUUUUAUGGGAAAAGAAAGAAUAGAUGAAAUUAACUAUUGUGAAAAUGGGCAAAGGGAAAAUUUUCAUGAUAGCUCAAAUAAAUAUAAUAUGAAUAAAGAAUAUAUAUCGAAAAAAGGAUCUCAUUAUAUUAACAAAAGUACAAUCGAAAUGAAAAAGUAUAGAAACAUGUCAAACAAUUGUAAUGAUGGAAAUGGAGAAUAUACAGAUAACUUUGGUAUGGAUCGAGAUGCAGAUAAAUUUUAUGAUGCAGAAACAGAAAAAGAGAAUAUUUCAAAAAGAGGUCAAAAUAAUAUAAUUGAUCGAAGAAAUAUAUUGAAUAACAAAAUCGCUAGAAGAUCCGAAGGACAAAGUCAUAAUGAAGAAAUAAUAAAGCACGAUGAAAAAAAUUCGAAAAAUUAUACAUAUAGUGACUAUAUAAAAAGGGGAGGAAAUUAUUAUUACAAAAUUUUUGAGAGAAAUAAAGUUAACAAUUAUGAAGAAAAAAUAGGAAAUGAAAGGAUAAACAACAGAGCUGAUUUUAAUGAAAAUGAAAAUAAUAAAAUGGAUAAUUUAUUUGGAAAAAGUAAGUUGUCUAAAUAUAUAGAUAAUAAGUUUUUGAUAUAUAAAAACAAUUUGUUUAAUAACAAAAAUGAAUCUAAUUUGGAAAGAGAUAUGAUGUAUAGAAGUGAAGAUAAAAAUGAUAACAUUAAUAAGGACUAUGUAGAUGACGAAAAAAAGGAUUUAAUCGAUUAUAUUAGUAACAAUUCUAGUUAUAUUAUGGAAAAAAAAAAUUCUACAGAUAGCACUGGAACACUUAUUAAUGGAGAUAAUUUAGAUAAACAAAAUAAAAUGAUGCAAAUUGUUGAUAUGAAGAGCAGUAUAAGUGAUGAUUAUUAUUUGGAUUAUAUUAAACGCCAAGGAUAUAAUGAAAAGAAUCGAAUCGAAUGUGAUAGUGGAGCGAGAAGUUGUGAUGAAAAAUAUAUGGAACAUAAUAAUAAUAUAGAUGUAAAAGAUAAAACACAUAUUAUGAAUAAAAAAAAGCGAAAAAGCAAUAAUGAAGAAACAGAUUUAACAUAUAAUACUAAGAAUAGAAUAAAAUACGAUAACCAUAGUAACAGUAGGGAUUUUUUUGAUGGCAUAGAGAGAGGUGAAAAAAAAAAAAAAUCUAUGUUAAAUAAUGUAGAAAAUAUGAACAGUAUCAAUGAUGAUAAUAGUUUGAACAUGAUGGGAAAUAUGAAUAGUCUUGAAAAUAUGACCAAUCCAAACAAUCUAAACAGUAUGAACAAUUUAAAUAGUAGCAUAUCCUACAGGCGCAGCGAAUGUUCAAAGGCGGAACUUUACUCAAGCAUCAACGAAACGCGAAACAGCAGCCAAACAAUAGUUUCUAAAAGGAGCAAAUAUGCUUUAAAACAAUCAAAUGCAUCUUCUAUACUAGACGAAAUUCCAACAUUAUUUAAUUUUGUUAAUUGCUGUUCUAUUAUAUUGGGAUCUGAAAUUAUAUAUGUUACAGAUGAAACAUAUGGAAAAUGUGAAAAUAUUUUAAAAGAUAAACCAUUUCAUUCAAAUGUGGAAAGGGGGUACUAUGAAUUUUGUUCUAAUGAUUUAUACAACGUUUUGGAUGAUAAAUUAAAAAGCACUGUGGGAAAAGGGAAUGAACAUGGACAAUCUGAGACUGGAGAAAGAAAAAAAAAAAAAAAAAAUAGCAAUUCGUAUUAUAAUGCAUCUCAAAAAUGUGAUGAUUAUAACUUUGAUGAAAAAAGCGAUCUUAGUAUUGGGAAGAAUGAAGAAUGCAAUGAAUUUAAUCAAUUUGAAGAAGUUUCAAGAUAUCGAGAAUGCCCAGGAUGGUUGACUAAAAGAAGGAUAAAAAAAUAUUUUGAUUUUUGCAUUGUGAAACUGUGCAAGCCUACUUUAAUUAAAGGAAUAGACAUCGAUACAAAUAAUUUCUUAGGUAAUUAUGCUCCAUAUGUUUCUAUAGAAGGUGCAUAUAUUGAGGAUGAUGAUUUGAUGAGCUCUGAAGCAUUUUCGAAGUAUGUGGAGAAAAUAAAAAUAGAAAAUAAAAUAAAAAGAGAUAAAAGAAGAGCUAGUGAAAUACGACGAAAUACUUCCAAUGGUGUUAAAAACGAUGAUUGUGAUGAUGAUGAUACUUUUUCGUAUUAUAAUCAGAAAGAAAAAAUUGGAAUAAAUAAUAUCUCAAUGGAUAGAAUUAACCCAUUUAAUGAUGCAGAAGGAAAACAAGAAUAUCACCAGGAUACGAAACAUAAUAAAAGAAGUUUAAGUACUGAAAGAGGUAGCCGUUGGUCAGAUAAAGGAUCAGAAAAUAACUUGUCUAGAUCUAAGGAAGAAAUAGAAAUAAUGAUAAAUGGAAAAAAAUAUUUUCAAAGAAAUAAAUAUUUUUAUGAACCCAUAUUAAUCGAUCCUACUGAUAAGUCAAGUGAAGAAUAUGAAAAUUAUGUAGAAAUAAUAAAAUAUAAUGAAAAUUUAAAACAAUUAAAAGAUGGUAAUAUGAAACCUACAUCUUUUGUAGCCAAUGGAAAUGAGUAUAGAUGCAUAGAAAAUAAAUUGUAUACAUUAAUAGAUGUCACUCGGGAAAUAGCUAGUAAGUACCCAGAUAUACAUAGUAAAGCAUUGAUGAAAAAAGUAUCGAAUGAUGUCAAAAUUACUAACGAAUUAAAUGGAGAAUAUUCUAGUGAAUCAGUUCAUAAAUGUGUUGAUCAGCCAAGUAAUGAUUUUUUUAAAGGAAAAAUCGAAAAUAGUGAUGAUGAUGAAUUUUACAAUGAUAUAUUAGAUGGAUAUAGUUGCAAUACACUCUAUUUAGACAAUGAUUAUUCAGUAGAAAAAAGGAUAUAUAAUACAUUACAUAAAAAAUAUCAAUGGGUAUCAAUUUUAGAAGAUGAAAGAAUGAAUCCAGGAUUUAAAAAUUAUAAUCAUAAUUGUUUUAAUAUAAAUACAUGCAAUAAAAUAUUUACACAUUUAAUAGUAUGUUUAUUACCUGAUGGCGGAAUAAAUAAAUUGAGAGUAUAUGGAGAAAUAAAAAUAAGUAAAAAUGAAAAACAAAAAAAUUAUAAAAAAAUAAUAAAUGUUUCUAAUAUACUUGAUGGAUCUAAUGUAGUAUAUACUACUGAUGAAUUUUAUGGAAAAUCCGAUAAUAUAUUAAUAGAUCAAAAUUCAAAAUAUGUAAUGGGCUGGCAAACAAGAAGAUUAAUAAAUCGGCCUUUAAGAUAUGUUGAUAAUUUACAACUAAAUAAUAUAUCAUCAAUUUUUUAUAAUAAUAAUUAUUGUAUAAUUAAAUUAAGUUAUAUUACUAACGUUAAAUAUAUAGAAAUUAAUACUAUUUUUUAUGAGUAUAAUUUUCCUUUAUGUAUUUCUAUAGAUCAUUGUUAUGUGAAUGAUAUUCAUGCUGAAGAAAAAUCAAAACAAAUGAAAUAUUUUAGUGAUAAUAUACAUAAUAUUGAAUGGAAAGAAUUACUACCUUUAUCAUAUAUUAAAGGAAAUCAUAUAAAUUAUUUUACUAUUACUUCAGCAGAUUUUAAUGAUGAGUCUUCCAACUCUUUACCUUCUUCUCAUUUGCGACUUAAUAUAUACCCAGAUGGGGGUAUAAAUACAAUUAAGGUAUUUGGAACAGUUAUGGAAAUUUAG